CUUUCAGGUUGCGAUGGCUGAGUACGAUCUGACCAAACGUAUGGCUCCUUUUUUCGAUUUGCACUUGAUAAUCCCACUGCUGGAAUUUAUAGAGCCGAGGAAGAUAUAUGAUGAUGCUUCGCUUGUGGAGAUGCAUCGUCAUGUACUUAUGAAAACCAACAUGAUUGACAGUCUCACUGAAACCUAUCAAGGUGCGCCAAUUCCUAAGGAGUUGGAGACGAAAAGGGCUGAGGUUCUCAAGGAAAGGGAUAUACUCAAAGCUAAGGUUGACCCGGUAAUAGAGAUUCUUGAACUUGACGAUGUCAAGGAAUUGAUGGAGAGUACACGAGAUAGGGAUGGAAACAACAAGAUACUGGACUUUCUACAACAGAACCAUAACUUCCAACUUGAUAUGGUGGAUGCUCUCUUCAAAUAUGCUAAGUUCAUGUAUGAAUGUGGCAACUAUACUGCAGCAUCGGUGUGCCUCUAUUACUAUCGCAAUCUAGUACCUCAAGGCGAUCCCAAUUAUCUCAACGCCCUUUAUGGAAAACUAGCUAGUGAAAUCUUGCUACAAGAAUGGGAUCAUGCUCGUGACGAUCUGGUAAAGCUUCGCGCCUACAUCGAUUCCAAUCCUUUCGACACAGAAUGGGAACUGAUUCAUCAAAGGGCUUGGCUCAUGCAUUGGGCCUUGUUCGUUUAUUUCAAUUAUCCAAAAGGACGUGAUGACAUAAUUGAGAUGUUUCUCAACCAACAACUUUACCUAAAUACGAUUCAGGUAAUGUGCCCUCAUCUUCUUCGAUAUCUCGCUGUCGCCGUUGUGACCAGUAAAAACAAACAGAAAAAUAGUUUGAAGGAUCUUAUAAAAGUCAUCGACAUCGAACGUCAUAAUUAUCAAGACCCUGUUACUGAUUUCCUCACUUGUCUAUAUAUCAAGUAUGACUUUGACGAAGCACAGGAGAAACUUCGGCAAUGCGAGGAGGUGCUAUCAAAUGACUUCUUCCUCACUGGUUGCCUGUCAGAUUUUCGAGAAUCAGCUCGACUUUUGAUUUUUGAGAUGUUCUGUCGCAUUCAUCAGUGUAUCAGCAUAGAAAUGCUUGCUAGAAGACUCAAUAUGUCGCAGGUAGAAGCUGAACGUUGGAUUGUUGAUCUCAUUCGCAACUAUCGCAUCGAGGGAGCAAAGAUCGACAGCAAACUGGGACAAGUCGUUAUGGGAGUCAAAGCUGUUAGCAUUCAUGAGCAGGUAAUGGAGAACACGAAGCGACUGACUCUUCGGGCUCAGCAAAUUGCGCUACAACUGGAAAAAGCUAGAACUGAACGAAAAUUGACCGUGUAGUUCGUUAUAUUGUUGUUGUCUGUUGUCCUAAUCGUUUCCUUGUUUUUUUUUUCGAGUGAACUCGGUCAGAUGUUGAUUUGUUAUGCUAUGUGUUGGCUGUUUCCCAUUUUAGGAUUGGUAAACAUAGGGCAGCCCACCCAUAGCAAGAGGGAUAUUUCUUUUUCAAGCAGUAAUGCUGGAGCGUUUCUCAGUGCUUUUCGUGGGUGUGAUAAAAGUUUCGAG